AUGGCACCGAGAAUAUCCCCGUCAAAGCUACGUCUCAUCAAUGAUAUGAUACAAAGCCAGUCGUUAACCCGUUCUCAAAUGGCCAAGGCAGCAGAAUGCAGCGAACAGACAAUCAAAAAUAUCCGCAGAAACUUGCGACUGUUUGGACACGUCCAUGCUCCCCCAACCCGUGUCGGUCGGAGACGAAGCCUAACACCACCGAUGCUAGAAGCGCUCUGUGACCACUUGCUGGAAAAGCCAGGAGAUGGCUAUCUUUCUUGUCCUAAGGCUGGUCGAAAAAGACCGCCCGACAGAGUGCUAAAGAGCAGAGUGCCGAAUUACGAGAAAUUUAUCUUCAUAACCUCUCCGAGUUUGCAUCGUACCACCUUUUAUAUGUUGAUGAAUCUGGAUGUGAUAAACGAAUUGGGUUCCGACGGACAGGCUGGUCACCACUUGGUGUAG